AGGCGGGGAGUGACGCGAGAGGAGUGGCAGAAGACGGGAGAAGGAAAAGUCCGAGAAGGAAGCGCAACAGUUCGGUGGCAGUCGGGCUAGACGCUUUGUGGAUUGGGGGGGCUGUAAGGGUCUGAAGUUCAAAAUGGGGGUUGAAGGUGGCAUGAAAUGUGUCAGGUUCUUGGUUUUCUUCUUCAACUUUAUAUUCUGGCUCUGUGGCAUCGCUCUCAUUGCCUUGGGGGUUUGGGUACAGAUAAAGCUGAAUGACUCCAUACAUAUGACCAACGUGUCCACUUCAGGAGUUCCCAUUGUUAUCCUGAUUGUGGGCGUUAUCGUCUUCUUCAUUGCUUUCUUUGGCUGCUGCGGAGCAUGGAAAGAGAACUACUGCAUGGUGACCACGUUUGCUAUCCUUCUGACCUUGAUCUUCCUGGUGGAGAUUGCUGCUGCCAUUGCUGGCUACAUCUUCAAGAACCAGAUCAGAAAAGGGAUUGAUGAUGAAAUCAGGAAAGAUAUGCAUGGAUACUCUAGAAAUGGAACGUUCAAACAUGACUUGGAUACACUGCAGACAGACUUCAGUUGCUGUGGAGCUGCAAACUACACUGACUGGUUUACAGAUCCAGCUGUCGUGAACCAUACUGUGCCUUCAUCAUGCUGUAAGCCCAAUGCAACUGAUUGUACCAAGAACCCAACUCCUGAUAAAGUCUUCCAAGAGGGUUGUGUGUCAAAAAUAGAAAGAUGGCUGAAGAAACACAUUCUGAUUGUUGCAGGAGUGGCACUGGGCAUCGCCUUCUUUGAGCUUCUUGGUAUCAUCUUUGCCUGCUGUCUCAUGAAAGGAAUCCGCAGUGGCUACGAAGUCAUGUAGCUGCUCCUCCAUGCUGUGCAUCUGGUUACUGCCACAGCAGUCGCGCAAAAUGCUGGAAUAUUUCUGUCUCCUUUCUGGGGUGCAAAUGGCCGGAUCCAAUGUACUUUGGGGCUUUAUCAUGGGAAAGGAACGGGUGGGUGCCUUCUCUUGUUGCUUUUUUGUAACUGUAUAUGGCCAUCUGGAAGGAUUUACUUGUGGCCCUAUCUCUUCCCUUGUCCUCUAACAAGAAGCUGGAGCCCCUAUAUAUAAUAACUUCCACCCCCCUUCAAAGUUACCUUUUUCUGCACCUUAACUCCCCCACACUGCUUGUCAUCCUUUAUAGUCACAUGGGCCGUUAGACUUUGCCACCUAGUGGGCAUCUUGUGCCAUGCAGCUGCUGCUGGAUUCCCGGCAGGUGUUCCUCGUAUUCUUAUGAGGUGUCAGCAAGCACUCUCCAACUGUUGCUUUCCCCAGAUUCACCCUUCUUUAGAUUUCUGUAGCUUGUUCUCUUGGUGUGCCUCCUAAUAAGCACAUUAUCUUGUGCUUUUUUGGAUACUCCUUUCCUGCCUUAGAAAGGCAGGCUCUUCAUUCAGGCUGAUAACUGUUGUUUUGGGAAACUGCAAGGAGAUGAGGGGGGAAAUUAAUUAUGGGUCUUGUUCUUAGCCAGUGUCACUAUUUUGGAAAAUAAAGGCAUUUGUUU